GUCACCCCGACCAGAACACAUACGUACAUCGCCAUUGAACCACGCGCGCACGUGUAUAUUGCUCAUUUUCAUACAAAUAUUCAUAACCCUAAAUAACGGGAGUUCCAUUAGCCGAGGAGAAGAGACUUGCUCAAUUAGUGUAUUGAGUGUACCACAACUGUCUGUAUAUACCACGAUUUCCCUAUGGUUCUCACGGAUCUCAGCAUGUUCGCCCAACAUCAGCUUCAGGGGAUGCGGUGUUCUGAACAAGCCUCUCCCCCACUGGACUACUCUGACCAUCAGGGUCAUGACGUCAUAACUACCAUCAAACAAGAGUGCCAGGAAAGUUAUUCAAAGUCGCGAAAAAACAAAAGGAAACGAUCAGAGGAAAAUAAUAAUGUGAGUGUCGACGUUAGCAAACCCUUCGAACUUUAUCAUGACCUAGAAUCAAUGUCAUCGUCAUCAUCAUUGUCGUCAUCAGCAUCACUCUCGCCUGGUUCAGACUGCUCUACAGACAUUCACUGCAGUAAAAAGGCAAGGAAAUCGCUGUCCUCCAAAGCUUCACAACAAAACGUCGUGGACAUUCAGAAUCAACGGGUGAUGGCGAACGUGAGGGAGAGACAGAGAACUCAGUCCCUGAACGAGGGGUUUUCUAGUCUGAGGAAAAUAAUUCCCACGCUACCAUCUGACAAGUUGAGUAAGAUUCAAACUCUAAAACUCGCCACUCGUUACAUAGACUUUCUGUACCAGGUCCUGAGGACGGACGAUUCAAGUGACAAUUCAAACAAGAUGGCGGCGUCGUGUAACUAUGUCUCUGACGACCGCCUUAGUUACGCGUUCUCAGCGUGGAGGAUGGAAGGAGCCUGGUCCAUGCCAACCCACUGACCGGAACUUCAUGGAGUCUCUCUGUGAUCCAGACAUGCACGGCGCCCUUGUCAUGUUUCUCAGCAGUUGGUGCAAGAUGGCGACCGGAAGGACGACAGCGCCCUCUGUGAUGACAUUCACCAGAUGUCAGAAGGAAGAGAUGGGCAAUUCGCUGUAAACGACAACCAUUCCAUGAACUUUAUCAGGGUUUACGAGUCACCUUAGCAGCAAAUCGAACUGGUCACUGUUGCCUUGUCAUCUGACCCGGGACCUUGACCUUCGGUCAGUGUGUAUACACGUGUCAGUAGGGGUCAAGCGUUGGUUGUGUUUGAUUUUAUUUUGGAUGAAAUUGUAACCCAAUCAGAAGACAGUCUCUAGCAAAUCACGCGAUAUGAUUGGUCAACGUUUGACAUUUUAUCCAGAUAAUCCCUCGUGUACCAAAAUGAUGUUUGGGGUUACAGAACACCCCACAAUGAUACAUUGUUAAAGUCAAUUCUCUGUUCUCUGUUGGACUGAGUGAUUUGAAAGUGAAUUUCAUUAAAAUACCGUCAACAAAAA